AUGGACCCCAGCAUCUGCGCCACUCAAAUUCAGACACCUCUUUCCACAGCUAUUCAUCUCCUAGUGACGCUCUUCGUCGCCGCCUCCUAUAUCCCGCAGCUUGUCAAGAUCACCACGACAGGAGAUGCCGGGAUUUCUGGCUGGUACAUCAUCCUCCUGACUACCAGUGCCACUACGCAUUUCGCCACUCGAAUUAAAAAUAUACACAGCAGCUUCGCCUGGGCCUGCUUCCGAGAUGGAGAGCUAACAGGAUUUAAUCUCUUCUCAGCCCUGGUAAUCUACCUCCAGGCAUUUACCCACUGGGCGGCAGCGAUUAUCUUGCUAGCUCUUUAUAUCUCCUCCCGCUCGGGGACCCGUGCCCUUGCUAAGGCUCCUAGCAACAUAGCCAUCCUCGCCAUAGUCCUUGCCCAUGCAGUUAUUAUCCUUGCGCUUGCUAUAUAUUUCCUAGAUCUUCUAACACAAGAAGGAGGACAUGACGACGUCAAUAUUAUUAUUGAUAGUUUUGUUGUUGGCCUUGUCUUCCGCUUUACAGGCCUUGUUACCUCCCUUGCUGCCGCAAUCCCGCAGAUCCGCACUAUGGUUACUCGCUACCAUGAUAAUGGUAAUAAAUUUAACCAGGGCAGCCUAAGCCUGCUUGGUCUUGGCCUCCAAGUUAUGGCGUUUAUCGCCUUGGGUGCUUCGCAGGGCUGGAGGAUGAGACCACUACCACCAGGGCCUGACCCUGAAAUUGGGGCGCCUGAUAUGCCGAUCUGGAGUUUGAUAUGGUGGGAGAUGAUGUUUUUAAUUGCUGGGCUGGCUGCUGGGUGGGUAGCGCUGGCUGUUUGUCAGCUGCUGGUUCUAUGUGUGGCGCUGGGUCUGGGGGCCCGGGGGGAGCGAGGGAAUCGUCUGUCAAUGAUUCAGUUGGCCAAAAAGGUGGCAUGA